UUAUUCAUUAUUGGACAUAGUAAACAAAAACCUAAAUUGCAUAAGUAAUCAAUUUUAUUGAAAUAUAUAAUAAUUCAGUACCAUAGUACAUUUUACGUCCGAUAUGUAUAAAGUCUGUCAGGUUUUGCAUAAAGUUUCCCCUAUAGCUCAACAAUUCACAAAACUCUCUACUCAACGGAGCGUUCAAACAAGUGCUAAAGUACACAAAAACAAAAACACAGAACCUGAAAGCAAGGAUGAACCGAUAAAAUAUUUCAAUAGCACCGCAGCGCGAUGGAAGGCACAGCAGACACGAAGCGGCCACGUAAAUGAGGAUGUGCCAUGGUUCCAGCCGUAUGCCGUUAUUGCAAGUGUGUCUGCUUUCCUGCUAUAUUUUUGUGUCCUGCGUGAAGAGAACGACAUCGACAGAGAUUUGGAGCGAUCCCUGUUCGAUCAAGUACCAGGACUGGAAGAGAAGCAAUUGUUACUUACCUAUCAUUACAACAAAGAACGAGGGUUAUCCACGAUUGAAUUAGAACAACGAAUGAAGGAAUUAGGAAUCGUAAUUUAAACAUAACCGAAGACUUCAUUAGAGUACCAAAGCGAGCUAUGGAACAUCUUAUUCAUGUGCUGAUGACGGCCAAUUUGUGGGUGUUUAUUCAGUCACUAUAUUUUCAUGAACCACAUAAUUUUACAUUAAGCAUUGUUAAUUGAUACUAUUUUUUUUAAUUAUUAGACAUGUAUCUCCCAAUCGUUUCUGUUUACAAUAAAGUGUACCGCGGCCAUGAUAAAUACAUCCAUCCAU